AUGUUUUCCAGACGUUGAAGCGUAGACGAUGUCGCCCCUCAGAGGAACGUCGUGUCUCCUCAGAAGCUGCUCGGCGGUCCUCAGGUGUCCGUCGUCUCGUCCCUGCAGCAGCGUGUUAACUUCCUGUGAUGGCGGCGGGGGUCUCGUCCUGCAGUCCCGCUCCACAGACGUGCACCAGAACCUGGCUCUGGAGGACUGGAUCGACGCCAACGUGGACCUCCAGCGGCGCAGCAUCCUGUUGCUAUGGAGAAGCCGAGCGGCCGUGGUGAUUGGACGCCACCAGAACCCGUGGAGCGAGUGCAACCUGGCGGCCAUGAGGCGGGCGGACAUCCCUCUGGCUCGCAGGCGCAGCGGCGGCGGGACGGUCUUCCACGACCUCGGGAACCUCAACUUGACUUUCUUCGCCUCUAAGAAGGCGUACGACCGGCAGAGGAACCUGAGGGUCGUCACGGAAACGCUGAGGAGGCUGAGGCCCGAGCUGGACGUCAAGGCGACAGAGAGGUUCGAUAUUUUACUGAAAGGACACUUCAAGAUCUCAGGCAGCGCGUCCAGACUCAGCAGGAAGUCGUCGUACCAUCACUGCACGCUGCUCCACUCCGCCGACCGCUCCGCCCUCGCCACCGUGCUCCGCCCCUCCUGCCCCGGUAUCCAUAGCAACGCCACGCCCAGCGUCCCGUCGCCCGUGACCAACCUGGUGGACCACGCCCCCUCGCUGCGGUUGGAGGAGCUGCAGGAGGCGCUGGCGGACCAGUAUAACUCAGAGUUCGGGUUCAGCUCGGCGUUGACCUCCGUUGACCCCUCUGAUGACUCAUCGUUUCCCGGUCUGAGCCGAGCGGCCGCGGAGCUUCGUUCGUGGGACUGGACGUUCGGGAAGACGCCGAAGUUCAGCGUCCAGACGGAGCUGCAGCUGACGGACGACGUGUCCUCGGCUCGCCGCUCCGCCCGGCUGCACGUGGAGGUGAGGAGCGGCGUGAUGGAGGUCUGCCGCCUGGACGUCCCCUCUGAUUGGCUGCCGCGGCGGCUGAGCGGCGAGCUGAGCGAUGCGCUGGAAGGAGAGCGGUUCUGUCCUCAUCGGUCGGCCGCGUGCGUCGCUGAGCUGCUGAGAGCCGAGAGCGGAGAGACGCAACGCAGACUGAACAUCCUGUCUGACGCUGUGAUGGCAGCGAUGGGAUGAACCGGACUCACGAUGAAUCUCACGAUGAGACUCACGAUGGAUCGGAUUCACGAUGAAUCGGACUCACGA